UGACUCAUGCGCCGGACGAGUUAAAAACCGCUGGAGCACCAAGAGAACAAAGAGUCUGCUGUGGGACUCCGCUGAGCACGUCUCCGGAGCACCAGCUGUGAAAUCUGAAUCUGAGGAUGAUUAUGGAGCACAAAGGACUGCUGCUGGUGCUGCUGCUGCCGGUGUUCAGCCUCAAAGGAGCAUUUUGCGCAGUGGUACCAUGGACGGAGUUCAGUGAAGCAACGGCCUAUUUGAGGCAGUACGGCUACCUGAAUGAGCCCACCGAUACACAGGACCCUCGUUACCUAGAGGAGGUCAUUGAAGCCCUCAGUGUCUUCCAGAGAGUGAAUGAUCUGCCACCUACUGGAGAGUUAGAUGAAGCCACACUGGAAGUGAUGAACCAGCCCCGCUGUGGUUUGGAGGAUCCUUUCAACAAGAAAUUUCACAAGUACAGAGUGAUGGGCCGCUGGAGGAAAAGGAGCUUAACCUAUCGCAUCUACAACUACACUCCUGACAUGAUCAAGUCAGACAUCAGGAACGCCAUCCGUUCUGCCUUCAAGUACUGGAGCGAUGUGGCGGCUUUGACCUUCAGAGAGGUCGAUUAUGGCAGAGCCGACAUAAAGAUCUCCUUCCAUAAGAAAGAUGGAUUCUGCUCUGUCCCAUUUGAUGGCCGUGGUCAUGUACUGGCCCAUGCUGAGUCACCAGAAUCGGGUAUUGUCCACUUUGAUGAGGAUGAGUUCUGGACUGAGGGAACAUAUUAUGGCACUAAUCUGCGUAUUGUAGCUGCUCAUGAAAUUGGCCAUGCUCUCGGCCUGGGUCACUCUCAGUUCAGAAGCGCUCUGAUGGCACCAGUCUACUCUGGUUACCGUGUCAACUUCAGGCUGCACUCAGAUGACGUGAAUGGCAUCCAGGCACUAUACGGCAAACGCAUCAUAAGCACGUUAGCCAGUCCCACAAGUCCAGACAGUCUGGUUCCCACAGUGAGCAGCCAGGGAACUGAGAACAUCCCUGAUCCCUGCACAGCAACACUGGACGCGAUUAUAUUGGGUCCCUGGGAGAAAACCUUUGCUUUUAGUGGCGAUUAUGUGUGGACUAUCUCUGACCUGGGACACAACCCACCUAUAAGAAUUGACAGACUGUGGACAGGCCUCCCAGGAAACCUAAAUGCUGCUGUGUACUCUCAGCGAACCAACAAGACAUAUUUCUUAAAAGGCAAUAAAGUGUGGAGGUAUACCAGUUUUGUUCUGGACUACGGCUACCCCAAAGAGCUGAAAAGGAUUCCCCCUAAUAUCGAUGCAGCCCUGUAUCUGAAGAAGAACAAAAAGCUUGUCUUCAUUAAGGGAUCAGAGCACUGGCAGUGGGAUGAGCUGAAAUACAACGACCUAACUUUCUACCCCAAACCGCUCAGCAUGCUCUUCACUGGAGUGCCACCCGCUCCCGAUGCAGCCUUCACCUGGACCAAUGGCAAGAUAUACAUAUUCAAGGGAGACGACUACUGGCGAGUGAAUGCGCAGCUGAAAGCAGAGAGAGGCUAUCCACUGAGCAAGAAGAAACGCUGGAUGCGAUGCUAGUGCUCCACCAUCAGGGGGCAGCAGGUACCAAGAGGUGUGAAGCACAGGGCAUUUACAAACCACCCUAACCUCAAGAGCAGCAAUUCAUCGUAAAUAAUCACUGACCACAUUAAUGGAAAAGCUAGUGUGGGAACCUGUACCCUCUAGAGCAGGCUUGUGUUUGUGUGUCUCUGAAUGCAGGAUUGUGCAAACCUUUGUAUUAUAUGAUCCUUGAGGAAAAAAAAAGCUGUUUUGUUUUUUGUUUUUCCCAAUUAACAUGUGUGUUGGAUUAGCUGUCACUAUACACUCAGUAAGACGUAAUACGAUGAGUGGAACGUGCACUUUCGGGUCAGUUUUGUUUCAUGGACUUCAUUGCGUUCAAUGAGUAACACUGGUCUGCGAGAAAAGCACGCGACACUCGUUCCCUCGUUUAUAGUGAAAAUGUAUCAUUUUCUACGAAUAAACAAGACAUAACAUCAACAAUAAAACUGCGUCUCGGAUUGCUCACAACAUCUUCACAACAGUUGCUCACACAGCCACAUUGAAAGGACAGAAGAAAAAUAUUUACUGUGAUGAAAGGGUGGUCUGUCUCACAGUGUGUUGUCUGCAAAGGAAAAAAACCCAGAAAACUGCGAGCGCCAUGGCAACUCCAACCAAUUGCAGAGUAGGAAAUCCUCCCCAUGACCUCUUUAUUGCCUAUGAGAAAUCUGGUGAGUAAUGCCGGCAGUGUUGCUAAGAGCCCGGAGAGACAAACAGUCUCAAUAACUCCCCCCCCUCACUAGAUGACUAAAAGCUGCUUAUUAUUAAACAAAUUUAUUAAUCUUUGACAUUUCUAUCAACAGGUAUUUACAGAUUCAGGCAACACGUGUGUAGUCACUGCAAAAAAAGAUCCCAACAACGUCUGGAUAAUUAUUUAAAAAUCUACAGAUCAACAACAAACAUGCUUUGUUUUUGUUUAGUUUUUUCUUCUUUUUUGCUUAGCGCUACUAAGGUACUUGAACAUUAUAUAAAUUAAAUUAUAAAAAGUGGACUCUAAAUCACCGCCCAUUUUAUUCUGAUGGGAGCUACAUUGCAAAAACAGAAAGAUCACAGAAUUUGUUAGAGUUCUGCUAGAAGAUCCCGCUAAAGGUUCCAGCAAAAGGCUUUUUUCCUCUCUCGCAUCAUCUAGUUUUCACUUCACUUUGUCUCACUCCACACAGCCAGGUCCUAUAGUUCACUUUUUCAUCAUACUCCAUCUGAAGAAAUACACAAAAUAAAAUUUACUGUGAAGACAAGACCCCCCCCCC